GCGCGAGGAAGUUUUGUCCCUCCGGAGGCGCCGUCCGAAGCCCCGCCCCGCUCGGGUCAAGUGACUGAGGCCUGCGGUGGAGGGGGACGCGACGGGACGCGUCGCGACGCCGGGUUCCGAGCCGGUUUGGACCGAGGACGGGAUGGAGGCGACUUUGGAGCAGCACUUGGAAGACACAAUGAAGAAUCCAUCCAUUGUGGGAGUCCUGUGCACUGAUUCGCAAGGACUUAAUCUAGGUUGCCGUGGGACCCUGUCAGAUGAGCAUGCUGGAGUGAUUUCUGUUCUAGCCCAACAAGCUGCUAAGCUAACCUCUGACCCCACUGAUAUUCCUGUGGUGUGUCUGGAAUCAGAUAAUGGGAACAUUAUGAUCCAGAAACAUGAUGGCAUCACAGUGGCAGUGCACAAAAUGGCCUCUUGAUCUAUCAGUUCUCCAGCAUCCUGCCAUAGGGACGCAAUCCUACCUAUGUUAAUUAUCUUACAGAACUACUAAAGUUCCAGUAGUUGGGCCAUUUAUUUAAUAUGCAUCAGGUACUUCUCUAUUUAUUUCAGAGUAAGUUGCUUUAUAACAUUCUAUAGACAGACCUAUCAGGAUAUUAAUAAGAAAGGAUCAUGUUUUGAAGCAGCAGGUCGAGGUCACUUUGUAUAUAAAAUUUUGUUAUAUUAAAUAAAUCUGUUUGGAGGAAAAU